AGGAGUUAGGUUUUGGGCUUCUGCUGAAUGAAAAGGUGUUUGAUAUAUGAAGGUUCUUCUGUUUUCUAAUAAAAAACCUGUUGAUGGAUGUACUGGUGAUUUGUUGUCCUACAGUGUUUCAUCCAAACAGCAGUAUUAGGCUGAUGAUAUCAACUGAUCACUCCAUGGGGCUAUUCAAGGAAUCAUCUACCUGUGCUGAGCUUCUCCUCGUUCUCCUCGUUCUCCCCUCUUCCUUUUUCACACCUCAAAAAAUAAUGACUCAUCACUUAGCCAGAAAUGGCAGUCUAUGGAUUUGUACUAGCCACAGCAUGUGGUAAACCUUUCACUAAUUGCUUGUGGAGCAGCCUGAUGUCCAAAUAUUCUCAUGGUUUUAAGCAGAGACCAGAGGGGAAAGCAAAGUAAAUCUCUAUUCCGUGUCUGAUUCAAUUCUCUACUUCAGCUGACUUUAAACCAGUUGACAUGGUGCCCAAGAACGUAGACUCGGAGGCUGUACAAAUUCUGCAUGUGGACAGUGAGCCAGACAAGUCUUUAGGUAGCAGAAUAAGUGGAAAUAAGAAAAUGGAAGCUUCUGAUGAAUCAGCAAGUGAGGAGUCUGUGGUUCACAUCCCCAAACGCCUGUGGGUUAUGCACGGAGCCGUCAUGUUUGGCCGUGAGUUCUGCUAUGCCAUGGAAACAGCUCUGGUCACGCCUGUGCUAUUACAGAUAGGUCUUCCAGAGCAGUACUACAGUCUGACAUGGUUCCUCAGCCCCAUCUUAGGCUUAAUUUUUACACCUCUGAUCGGCUCAGCCAGUGACCGCUGCACCCUCAGGUGGGGUCGAAGAAGGCCCUUCAUUCUGGCUCUGUGUGUAGGACUGUUGCUCGGUUUAGCGCUUUUUCUCAACGGCUCACUAAUGGGCCAGACUGCAGGGGAUGUUCCUGGUAAACAGCCCAUUGGGAUCAUUCUGACAGUGCUAGGUGUAGUGGUGCUGGACUUUUGUGCUGAUGCUUUAGAAGGACCAAUCAGAGCCUAUCUGCUGGACGUCGCUGACGGUGAAGAGCAAGACAUGGCCCUGAAUAUUCAUGCUUUCUCUGCAGGUUUGGGUGGAGCUUUAGGUUACAUGCUUGGCGGUUUGGACUGGACAAAUACUUUCUUGGGACAUGCCUUCAAAGCCCAAGAACAAGUGCUGUUCUUCUUUGCUGCCAUCAUCUUUAUCAUUUCUGUGGUACUUCACCUUUUUAGCAUCCAGGAGCAACCAUACAAAGCUCAUCAGCAGGAAGUAUCUGAGAGCGAGAAAGCAGACAGCUCCUCAUCCAUUCAUCUUAAUGAGAUACUUCCUAGGACUCACCAAGUGCCAGAACUGGACCUUAUUAUAGAAGAGGAUCCUUUUGAAGCUUUUGAAGACAAUCAAUCUGAGACAGAGGUCCAGAAGGACUUCCCGAAUGUAACGAGAUGUAAAAGUGACUCUGUUCUUGCUGUACCAGACACUACCAUUGAGCUUGAUCCAGAUUUGGAUCUUGAUGAUCACUUUCUCCAAAACAUAGAGCCAGCUUUAUUCCAGGACUUCAACACUGAAAUGCCAUUUGAAUAUUGCCAAAACAGCAUUUGUCAGACCAAUCACUGCUCCAACCUCCUACACCACGCUGAUACUACAGGGAGCAAUGGGCACAAUAACGCUUCCAAAGGUACCAACGGUGACCUUGCCGGGGACGCCAAAUCAAAAUGUGAUGUGAACCAUCAAAAUAAAGCUGUCGUUCGUCACUCCAACACGGCAGUCCGCUGCCGGCACCCUUCAUUCUACCGGCAACCUUCCUUUACCUUCUCUUACUACGGCCGGGUGCGCUUCCAUCGGCCUCGUCGCCGCAUCAAUUCAGCACACCCAAUCAAGUCCUCACGAAGCCUGAACGACAUCGACAGGAUAACAAGACUGCAGGAGCGUCGGAGGCUGCAGAAAACAGGGAGCACAUCAUCUGGAACGGACGAAGACGAUGACAGCGAGAGUGAAGAAGGAGAAGGAAGUGUUACUACUGUGAAGCUGCUGUGGUUGUCUAUGUUUAAAAUGCCUCCACAGCUCUGGCGCCUGUGUGUAUGCCAUCUUGUCACAUGGUUCGCCAUUAUCUCCCAGGCCGUUUUCUAUACUGACUUCAUGGGACAGGUCAUCUAUGAAGGAGACCCAAAGGCUGCUGCAAACUCGACUGAGCUUCAGAACUACCAUAAGGGAGUACAGAUGGGCUGUUGGGGGUUAGUUAUCUAUGCUGCCACUGCUGCCAUCUGUUCAGCUGUGCUUCAGAAAUACCUCAACAGCUAUGACCUGAGCAUUAAAAUCAUCUACAUGGUGGGAACGCUAGGCUUUGCUGUUGGCACGGCUGUAAUGUCCAUCUUCCCCAACGUCUAUGUAGCCAUGAUAAUGAUAAGCAGCAUGGGAUUCAUUUCUAUGAGUAUAUCCUACUGUCCUUAUACUCUGCUUGGCCAGUAUCAUGAGAUCAAAGAGUACAUCCAUCACAGUCCAGGUAACUCCCGCAGAGGUUUCGGAAUCGAUUGUGCCAUCCUGACAUGUCAGGUUUACAUUUCUCAGAUUUUGGUGGCCUCGGCUCUCGGGGCAGUCGUGGAUGCCGUAGGCUCAGUGAGAGUCAUCCCAAUGAUGGCUUCAGGGGGCUCCUUUGUCGGAUUUCUUACUGCUGCGUUCCUUGUCAUUUACCCCGACGUGCCUGAGGAUGACGAGGAUGAAAACGCACAAGCCCCAAGUACAAUCCUAGACCGUUAAUGAUUAACAGACCAGAGUCACCUUCAGUGUGUGAAAUGUUGACUCUUAGGAGCUCCACCUGAGUAAUAGAUUAGUCAUAGAAAAGUCACUCUUUCAUUGUGAACACUAUAAAAUUAAGUAACAAAUCUCAGGUUGCCCUGCUCCAGAAUGGUCAUGAUGUGCUUGAUGAGUGUCACUCUACCCUUUUCAAUCACGGUGCAUCAUAUAACACACACACACAAACAUGCAGAAUGUAUGUUUAAGAAAAAAAAGAAAGGUACAGAAGAGAUGAUUUAUCUUCUAUUUAUUUUUUUUAUUUUUUUUUUUUACCAUUAAUGGUACAAAAAUUUUCAUUUUCUUUUGGAUAGCAAUAUUAUCCAGAAUUCAUAAAAUAGAAGACCACGGCGAUGGUCACACCUCUAACAGGGAGAAGCGUUCCCUUAUUUUACACAACACAUGCAGGCUUGAUUUUAGUGCAUUUAAGAAUCAGAAUCAGAACCAGGUUUAUUGGCCAAGUGUGUUGACACACACAAGGAAUUUGGUUUCAGCUGUUUGUGACUCUCAAAAGUACAGAUAUAAAUAACAUUAUACUAUACAAAACAAGAUAAUACAGACUAUACAAAGAAAUGCAGAGGAUGUGAUACAAUAUAGACAGUACGAGUAUUAAAUAUGAAUACAGGAUAUAUGACUGGUCAGUUAUGUACAUAAAGUGUGAAAAGUGCAUGGUAGGCAUUUCAUAAAUUGACACCGCAUCAUACUAGUGUUUGCACACUUACAUUUCAUUUGUUUUGUAAUUAUGCUGGAUAACAAGUAGUGCUUGGAACAGAAGCACUCUGGUGAAUCUCUCUCGCACACGCACACACACGAUUAAUACAUUAGCUGCUGCAUGACAAGGUGGUUACACUUCAACAGCCUUAACUAUGCACAAUAUAUAAAACUUUAAAAAUAUUUAAGUUAUAUAUAUAAAGAAUCGGUGAGGUUUUUUUUUAUGCUUUGGAUACAAUUGAUUUUUUUAAGUGAAGUCAAAACAUCACUUUGUCAAAAGUUCACAUUGAUAUAUUACAUUUAGUCAUAUAGGAGGUCCAAAAUGACUGCUGUUUACAUUUAGGAGGUCCAAAAUGACUGCUGUUUCACUUCUGUGUGAUUUGUUCAUGAUCAUUUUAUGCAAUCCAGCUGUUUACCAGAACUGACCUAAGACCACUUUUGUUGGUCCACUUUUAUGUUGGUUAUUUGGUCAGUUCUCUUAGUACACCUGAAACUUCUACAAUGCUGCUACGAGACCUUUUAUCUUGUCAGGUAUUCAGUUACACCAGCAGUUGGACCUUAUUGUAGAAGAGGAUCCUUUUGAAGCUUUUGAAGACGAUCAAUCUGAGACGGAGGUCCAGAAGGACUUCCCGAAUGUAAUGAGAUGUAAAAGUGACUCUGUUCUUGCUGUACCAGACACUACCAUUGAGCUUGAUCCAGAUUUGGAUCUUGAUGAUCACUUUCUCCAUAAAAAAAAUAAACCAUUUCAUUUUUAUUAAAACA